AUGUCGGAUCCUUUUGUUUCUGUAACGGUUAAGCAUGAUGUUGGUAGCGAAGCAAUAUUAAUUCCUUCGUCAAAACUUAAUGCAUAUCUACCACCGUUGAUCAAAGCAACAAAAGCAAAUGUUUUGAUAACGUCAAAUCGAAUCCUCAAAGGCAUCGACGAACAGUCAUACAAUUAUUGUACAAUUGCGUCGUCUCUUUCUUCGCCUUUGGUUUUUGUUCUCGAUCAACUUAGUAACAUCGAAAUCGAAACGAAAGAAAGAGAAUUAGCUGAUCGACUAGAACAAGAAAGUCAACAAGCAUCGAAGAUUGCUAAUGAAUUGUUGGAAGAACAAGAAAAUCUCUCGACAAAACAACAAAAAAAAAGAAAAAAGAAAAAAGUGAAGAACAAACAGAUGGCGAACAAUGUGACGGCCACGCCGGAACUUCGUCGAUCGGAAGUGAACAUCAUUUCGUCGCCUUCACGCACAACAACGAAUCAAAGUGACCAACAGAACAUACCAAUCUGGUGUGAUUCUAAAUACAUUGAAGAAAAUGAUUUGGACAAUAUUCAAUUUGAACAUGAUGAAUUGGUUGAUGAUCGAUUUGAUAACAAUAAAGAAGUACCGAAAGACAAUCUACUCAAGGAAGAUAUUAAACACGAAGAUUCAGUGGUCCAUCGUCAGUAUUCUCAAGAUCAAUUCGAACAAAUUCUUCGUCGAUUUGACCAAAUGGAUUAUCGAUUUGUCAAUAUAUCUCAGAAAUUAGAUGAUAUCUAUGAAUAUUUAUCAUCUGAUCGUAUAAUCAAUGCCAUUCAACAUAAGUACUUCGUUGAACUUCCCGAACCAUUGUGCAGUCGAACAUACUCAGCAUUCACUUCCAAAGUGAUGCGUCGUCUCUUUGCUGCGUUUGGAUUACAAUUUCAAAGGGAAUAUGAAGACUUGUGGUUAAAAACCUAUCCACUAUCAAUUCGACCUUGUUUUCGACCAGACUGUAUUCAAAUCGAUCUGUUUGGUUUUGCACGUCUUCGAACAAACACCUAUCUUCCUUUUAUCACAUCACCGAAUCUUGAUCCUGUUGAUUCAUACAAUUCAUACACAAUAUUAAAGGAAAAAGAAAAAGAAUUCCGAGCCAACCAAAUUCUAAUCGGUGAAAUUACAACGUCAUGUCUUGAUUUUGAAUAUACUACCCAAGAAUCAAUAAUCAUUGUAUUGGAAUCGACAAAAAUUCAUAUCAAUCUAUUAAUUGCUAUAUUAUUACAAAUAAUUGCUCCAAUCAUUACUUAUAAAAUUGAAAUAAAAUAUACACGCAGUGAUAAUAAACGUAUGGAAAAAGAACAAGGUAUUACUGAAUUACCAAAAUUCAUUCGUGGUUCAGUUAAUACCAGAUUUGUUCGAAAAGCCGUCAAAGCAGCCAUAUUUUUAUUACCAUUAUUGGGUAUCACCCAUAUGUCAGAAACAUUUGUUACACCACAGCGACACCCAACGAAUCAACGUCUAUCAUCUUCUACUCGAACAUGGCGUUUACGAAAUUGUUCAAAAGAGUCAAGUACAACAACUACGAUACCACUUUACACUCAUAUAUUUGAUAUUCAAACCACCAUGCCAUGUAUUCCUGGUUGUAUUGAGUUUCGUUAUAGUUUAAAUCGUACAUGUGAUUUUCAUGGCCAAUUAAAUGUGACACUUGUGCAUAUGAAAGAAGACAAUGAUAUUAAUCGUCAAACACAAAGUUCAAUAUCAUCACCUUCAUCAUUGAAUGAGCAUGAUAUUUUAGCUGGUCCAUACAAUUUAUAUGAAUAUUUUGAAUCAACAGCAAAUGACAAUGGUUUGAUCUAUUUGACGUCUUAUGAAAUGUUAAAAUACAAAUCAAAACGAUAUCGUUUAAUCAUUGAAGCUAAACCAAUAUCGUCACCGAAUCAACAACAACCACAAGCAUUUCCAAUUGAUAUUGUGUCAUUAACACUAAGACGUUAUAAGAAAAAAUCAUGUCUAAUUUCACGAAUUCAACUGUUUGAGAAAGAUACAAUUAAUUGUUUAGUGAAUACAUGUCUAAAUGCAGAAUCGAAUGAGAAAUUGCUACUAACAUUAGAUCUAUUGAAUUUUAUUCUAUAUGCAUUAAGUAAACAAGGACGUUUUUAUGAAAUACAGCAACUAUUUAUCAAUCAUUUGGAUACAUUUUUAAAAGAAAACUUAUGUGAAUGGUUUGGUUUGUUUCAAGAUCCAUUCGAAAUAGAUUUAUUUGAUUUUGAUAUGUCAAUAUUUUUGGAAUGUUGUUUAAGAAAUCAUGAAUUAUCCUCGAAUGGUCAAACACUUACUUCACAAGCGACAGCUGUAUCAUCAAUUGUAUCAAUUGGUGGCGUACAUCCUGGUACUUCAUCAGUCAACACUGCUGCUUCUGAAACAUCAUUGUCAUCAUCAUCGAAUAUACAAUAUUAUUUAUCAAAACUCUUGCCAUUACCAAUAUCAUCAUCGAAUGUUUAUCUUAAACCCAUACUUGGUCUGUCAGACGUAUUAUCAUUGAAUUACAUAUUUCAUUCAGCAAGCGAUGGUUCACGUCUAGAGAAAAUUGAUACAAAAAAUUUAUUAGCAUUGAAUGGAUUUGAUUCAAACGUUACAACAAUAACUGGUGCACAUACACAACUGAAUAAUCAUCCAUUCACAUCUUCUAACAAUAUAGAAAAUUAUUAUAAUUCUACAUAUAUGUUGCUAUCACAAUUAACAUCUACAGCUGCAACUGGAAUACCACCUCCGCCUCCAUCUCCUAUGAUGCAUACCUAUUUAAUACAAGAUGCUGGUAUUGGUUUAACUAAUUUUGAUAAAUUGAAUAAACAACAGCAAGAAAAGUAUUCAAAAUUAAAAUACACAACUAUAACAAAAAAGAAUAAAAGAUUAUCCGACUUGCUUGCGUCAAAAACUCCUCGAAACUCACUGACUCUUGAUUUUUGGUCAGUAUCAGAACAAACUGAUUGUCAACGUUUAUUUUCAACAAAUCAAAUCUCACUCAAUCCAUUUUAUUUGAAUGAUAUUCAACCACCUGUUAUUGGACGUUAUGUAAAAGUAACAUUAAUCGGAAAAUAUAAUGUUUCAUCAUCAUCUCUACGUUUACCGUGUAGCUAUUUUUUUGGUUAUCCAUUUGUAAUAACAAAAAAUAAUCGACAAGAACAAUUAGAAAAAGAUGAAAAUAAUAAGAAACAGUUAUCAGUAAUUGAAGAACAUUACGAGACAAUUGUUGUCAAUUAUUCAUUACAUCGAAAUCGUCUAGUUGAUUUAUUGAAUAAUUUAUCACCGACUGAUAAUGACAAUGUUAAUAAUACGAUUAAAAAAGUUUAUCGAGAAUGUUUAUUUUAUCAAAUGCAAAUGAAUAUUGCACGUAGAAAUAUCGAAAAAUGUCGACAACUAGUAAAGCAAAAUGUGAAUGAUGAUGAAAACAACGAACAACAUAAGAAAACACCUAUUUCAAAACAAAAUCAACUUAAGUUAGAAUCAGACAGUGUUCACAGUAACUUGUAUGAAUUAUUUGACUAUUCUGUUCGAAGGACUCACGAUCUGUCGCUGGAUAAUGCAUGGAAAUUAUUUGCUGAAUAUGGUAUAAAUCAUCUAUAUUUAAACGAUAUGUUUAAACGUUUAUUGAAAAUAUUUUUGUAUUAUUCAUGGUGGCCGGAAUUUGUACAAAUAUGUUUGCAGAACUAUUUUGUUAAUGAUUUUAAAAAUAUUCAUUUUUCUUAUUAUAAAAAGAAUUUAUUUUGUUCAUUAAUUGAUUUAUGGGAACAAACACUGUUACCAAUGAUAUCGCUAUCAUCUUCCAAUGUUAGUACUAUUCAAGAUCUAUUAUUGUAUACACAAUAUCAAUGGUUAUUAUCGUUUUUACAUCGUUUAUCCGAUAAACAAUUGAUUCCUGUUCAACUAACUAAGAGUAUAUUGAAUCGUUUAAAAACAGCUUUGUAUCGUUCGAAUACGAAUGCUACUACUACGGAUAUAGAAAACGAUGAGAAUGAUCAAACAAUGAAUUUAGAACAACCGUCAUCCUUAAAUAAUGUUCCUAUGACACUAACCUCACCAUCAUUCGUUUCAAAUUUAGAACAUUUUCUUAAUACAUCAUCAAUAAUUCAUACACCACGUUCCAAUUCCAUUGACAAUUAUCGAAACAAGAGAAAAGAGAUGUUAAUUAAAAAAGCAACAAAAACAGCUGUUGCAACACAAACAAUAUUAAAAACGUCCGCUUCUACACAAACAAAUUUGUCGUUAUUAACAAAAAAAGAAAAUAGUGAACAGCCAGCAACCACUUGGUUUAAUCAAAUGAAUGUGAAUGAUGUUUUUGUUGAACAAAUGGAUAUUGAUCAAGAAAAUUCAUCAUUUUUAUCUUAUUUUUGCAAUCGUCAGUUAUGUUUAAAUGUGACACGUUCAUUAGUAAAACUUCUGAUAAAUUCAUUUCAUAAUGAUAAUAAAAAUAUUAAUAAUGACUAUGGUAGUUCAAUACCGCAUGAUUUAUUUCUACUGAUAUGUAAAUGUUUAUCGAAUAUAACACGUUCAUGUUAUCCAGUAUUAAUAUUAGAUGAAUUUCUAACCAAUUAUCAAUUAAAAUUAUUACUCGGCUAUUCAUCUGGUGAAAUUGUUGACAAGGAAAAGAACAUUUACAUUCGACAAUCCUCACCGUGGAUACAACAUGCAAUCAAUGGAUUAUUACUUGAUCUUAUCGAUAACGAAAAUUUUUCAGAACCUAAUGAGAGAAAAGUUAAUAGUAUAAAUGAUACAAUACUCAAAGAGCAACAGCAUUUAUCUGAUUUUUUGCUUUUGAAAAAACCAAGCGAAGAUUCAACAAAUGCAAUGGAAUUAUCAUCUACAAACGAUACUACGGAUGGUGACAACGUUUUAACUGGUACGACGGAUUUAACGGAUAUUAAAUCGCUUGAAAAUGAUAAAUAUAUUGAUGAAGAAGAUGAUAAAGCUACGAAUGAGAAAGCAAAACCAUUCGAAAAGAACUCUUCUGCAAUUAAAAAUUCGAAAAAGAAAUCGAAUAGUAAUACGUCAACAUAUUACUCUCCACAGCAAUUGUAUGGAUCAAU